UUUUCCUGAGGUUUUUGCGGUUUGUUUCUAUACUUCUGAUAAGUUGUGUUGUGUUUAACUCGGUUAGUUUGGUGUCUUUUAAGUCAGUCGAGUCGUGAUUCACCUCCAGAAGCUGCUGGAGUUGUCGCCGUGGCGUCAUAAUGCGGCACGGUGACGUCACGAGCACAGCUGUCCACCUCAGUGACGUCACAGGCGUGUGAACUCAUGCACUCACAGCAGCCAUGUCAGACUUAAACGACUCUCUGGUGGACGUCUCCAGCGACAGCUUCUGGGAGGUGGGCAACUACAAGCGUGCAGUGAAGCGUGUGGACGACGGGAACAGACUGUGUAAUGACCUGAUGAAUUGUCUGCACGAGCGUGCGCGCAUAGAGAAGGGCUACGCCGCGCAGCUCACCGAGUGGGCCAAACGCUGGAGACAGCUGGUGGAGAAAGGUCCUCAGUACGGGACGGUGGAGCGAGCGUGGUGCGCUCUGAUGACCGAGGCUGAGAAAGUGAGCGACCUGCACAUGGAGGUGAAGGCUGCACUAAUGGGAGAAGACCUGGAGAAAGUCAAGAACUGGCAGAAGGACGCCUACCACAAACAGAUGAUUGGCGGCUUCAAGGAGACCAAAGAAGCGGACGAUGGCUUUCGCAAGGCACAGAAACCCUGGGCCAAGAAACUCAAGGAGGUGGAUGCGAUGAAGAAGGCCUACCACACGGCCUGUAAGGAGGAGAAAACAGCCACCACCCGAGAGAAUUCAAGCAAGCUGGAGAACAACAACCCGGAGGCCCAGAAGAAGCUGCAAGAGAAGGUAGAGAAGUGCCAGCAGGAAGUUCAGAAGACGAAGGAGCGCUAUAAGAAGUCUCUGGAGGAGCUGGAUAAGGUGACUCCUCAGUACAUGGAGAACAUGGAGCAGGUGUUCGAGCAGUGGCAGCAGUUCGAGGACAAGAGGCUGCGCUUCUUCAAAGAGCUGCUGCUGGGCGUCAAGCAGCACCUCGACCUCUCCUCCAAUCACAAGUACGCGACCGUGUAUCACACACUGGAAGACACCAUCCAGGCAGCCGACGCACAGGAAGACCUCAAGUGGUUCCGCUCUAACCACGGGCCCGGCAUGGCCAUGAACUGGCCCCAGUUUGAGGAAUGGUCCAUGGACUUGAACCGAACGCUCAGUCGACGAGAAACCAAGAGGAAACCCGCCGAUGGAAUCACUCUGACGGGGAUCAGUCAAACCACAGAACAAACCUCAAAAACCAGCAGCAGCGUGACUGUGGCCAGUAGCUCAGAAGCAGCAUGCUUAAACCCAUUUGAUGAGGAUGAUGAUGUCGAGGAGGAUGAAGAUGAGCCAGCGGCAGUGGCGGUGGCAGUGGAGCGGCCCAAGAGCAGCCCGGUCGCUGUCAAACGAGAGGAAGUGAUAGCGCAAACUGCUGGUACCGUGGAGAAAAUGACAGCCGACGGCUCCGAUGAGGAAGCAGGGAACCCCUUCGCGUCCGCUAACGCUAACGGUAAUCCGUUCGAGGACGAGCCGUCUUCACCGGAGGUGUGCGUGCCGGUCCGCGCCUUGUAUGACUAUGAGGGACAGGAGCAGGACGAGCUCAGCUUCAAAGCAGGAGAUCAGCUGACGAAGAUCGGCAACGAGGACGAGCAGGGCUGGUGUAAAGGACGUCUGAGUGACGGCACCGUCGGCCUCUAUCCCGCCAACUACGUGGAGGACCUGGAGUGAUGCGAAGUCUCAUUCGCCUCAGUCAUUUUCGAGCUGAUUUCAUGUAUUAUAGUCGAUCAGAAACCGUUCCGUUCCACAAACAGACGUGCGCUCAGGGUCAGCCGUAUUUUAAAGAGAUUUUUACCAAUGCUGUUUGCUUUUAGGAACAUAAUCGAUGCGGAUGGACACGAUUUUACCACACUGACCUGUUGAGCCGGCUCCACCUGACCUCUGACCUCUGCGGCCGUCGAGACCGCGCUGCUUUGUUUUGAUCGUUUUUUUAAGAUGUGGGUCGGUCAGGGUCAGCUGGAACUGGACGUGCACUGGAUGACAUGCUGUAAUGGGAUUGUGAGAGCGCCUCAUAUAUAUAUAUAUAGAUGAUAUAUUACUGUGUGAGUGAGCGUGUGUUUGUGUGUUUGUGUGGCUUCAUAAACUCUUCCACAGAUGCUGUGAUCACCACGAGAAUGUUACGGCAUAUGAAUGUUGAUGUGUGUAAAUAUGAAUUGGACGCCAGAGUCUUUGUUUUUCUCGGGCGUCGCUAUUGUUACAGUUACGAAUGCGGUUCGGUGUGUGUGUGUUGCUAUGUUUUUUCACAUUUGUGUAGCGCUGAAAUGGAUUGAAUGAGUUGAAUGUUGCUGUUCACUUCAGGUGGCGCGUUCGGUUUGUGAUGUCACAUGACAAAACUCAGUUACACGUUGGAGUUUAUUCACUUUUGUAUAUUGUCAGGCUGACAAUAAAUGAAUUGAAGUUCCA